AUGCGAACCACACCCAUGCAGGCCAUCUUCACCUCGCUCCCAUUCGUCCUCGUCCUCACCACUCACGGGGUCAAAGCCAUCGACGGCAUUCCCACCCCGGACUUUACCCCAGCCCAAUUCCCGCUGGCGAGCACGUUCUACUGGUACUCGUCGGUCGAAGUCGGCGUGUGCUACAGCCCUCAAACGCGCGUCGCCAGCGUCAAAAGUGCGAUUCACUGCACGCAUCAGGAGAACUACGAUGUGGACAACAACAGCUGGACGUUGCCGCAGAGCUGUCAUGCGCUGAAGCCGCUGGGCACUCCGCUGUCGAAUGCGGUGCACCAGUCAUGCGUCAACGCCAAGGGCACGUGGAACGCUAUCAAGCCCGCUGCGACCAACACAAACGGCGGACAGGCGUAUGAUACGAUUCAGAGCAAGGGCACUGCUGGUGCUUCCGAUGCUGGAGGUUUCGGCGGGGCAGGAGCGGAUGCCAGUGAAGCGGCGCCGGACUCGAACGAGCAGGAGGACGCCGAUAAGAAGAAGGACGGCGGUUUGUUGAGCGGUCUCGGUAGCAUGUUUGGUAUGUGA